AUUUUUUAUUAUUUUGAUUUUAUUAGAAUUUGUAAUUUGAUUGAAUUAAAUUCAAUUGGAUUGGUAUUUAUUAAAUUGUUAAGUUUUUAAUUCGUUUAUUUUCUCCAUUGUAUUCUUUUUUCAACAUUAAUAUUGACAACAGUGUAUCAACCAAAUAUAAUCCGAUCGUGAAUAAAUGGAUCCGUUUAUUCCCGUUCCAUAGGAUUUUUUUACUUCAUCAAAACAAAAAGAUGGAUUCGUUGGAUUUUCUGUGCUAGCAAGAAGAAAAGAAGUUCUUUUUUUUAAUUAAAGAAAUACCUUUUUUUGAAUUGUUAAUUAAAGAAAUUCUUUUCUUUCUAAUUUAAAAUUACAACUUUAUAGAUAAUAUUUCUAAAUAAUAAUAUAUAUAUAAUUCUAAUAAAUAAUAGAAUAUAGAUAUACAAUAAUAAUAUUCUAAUCUAAAUUAGAAAUUCGAAAGAUUAGAAUAGAAAUAGAUUAAAUAAAGAUUUUUAAAUAAAUAAAAUGAGAAUAAUGUAUAACAUAGGAGAUAAAGAGGCGGUCUAUAAAUUGUUAUUUUCUUUUUUUAUCUGUUAUCUGAGAAAAUCUCUUGUAUUUUAAUCUGAUCUGAACAUUCUUAUGUUCAGAAUCGAUUCGACUUCGACAUUUAAAAUAUUUUUUCUGGAUUUUCGAUUUUAAUGGAAUAUUUUUUUUUAUCCAAUCCAAUUCAAUCUUUUUAUUUAUUUUGAUUGCGGUUGUAUCUACAUAUCUUAUUAGUUGAUUUUUAUAGUUUAUUUUUUUAGGGUUGCUAACUCAAUGGUAGAGUACUCGGCUUUUAAGUGCGACUCAAAUUUUUACACAUUUCUAUGAAGCAAUGGAUUCGUCCAUACCAUCGGUAGAGUUUGUAAGACCACGACUGAUCCAGAAAGGAAUGAAUGGAAAAAGCAGCAUGUCGUAUCAAUGGAGAAUUCUAAAAAUAUUUCAUUAUUAUUGGAUCGGGCCCAAAUCCGUGUUUGAAUUCUUGGCUCGCAACAAAAUAAAUUCACAGUUGAGUUGAAUUAAUAAAUGGAUAGAGUUUGGUGGCUCCAAUUAUAGGGAAACAAAAAGGAACGAGCUUUCGUUUUGAAUUUGAAUGAUUACCCCAUCUAAUUAUACGUUAAAAAUCAAAAUAUUAGUACUUGAUGUGGGAAAAGCUUUUCCCAUGAAUGGAUUAUUUAUUUUUGUUAUGAAUCCUAACUAUUAGCUAUUCUCCAUUAUAUUAUGGGGUGGCGAUAAAUGUGUAGAAGAAAGAGUAUAUUGAUAAAGAUUUUUUUUUUCCAAAAUCAAAAGAGCGAUUGGGUUGAGAAAAUAAAGGAUUUCUAACUAUCUUGUUAUCCUAGAACGAACAUAAAACAAUUAGAUGGAAAAAAAAAGCGAGUAGAGAGAGUCCGUUGAUGAGUCUUACUUGUUUUCUAGGUAUCUAUUUCUUUUUUAUUAGAAUAGAAUACCCUAUUUUGACUGUAUCGCACUAUGUAUUAUUUGAGAACCCAAUAAAUCUUCGAUCCUUGGCCCAAAUCGAAUUUCAAAAAUGGAGGAAUUUCAAGUAUAUUUAGAACUAGAUAGAUCUCGUCAACAUGACUUCCUAUACCCACUUAUUUUUCGGGAGUAUAUUUAUGCACUUACUUACGAUCAUGGUUUAAAUAGUUCCAUUUUGGUGCAAAAUCUAGGUUAUGACAAUAAAUCUAGUUUACUAAUUGUAAAACGUUUAAUUACUCGAAUGUAUCAACAGAAUCAUUUGAUUAUUUCUGCUAAUGAUUCUAACAAAAAUCCAUUUUGGGGGUACAACAAGAAUUUGUAUUCUCAAAUAAUAUCAGAGGGGCUUGCCCUCAGUGUGGAAAUUCCAUUUUCCCUACAAUUAAUCUCUUCCUUAGAGAAGGCAGAAAUCAUAAAAUCCUAUAAUUUACGAUCAAUUCAUUCAAUAUUUCCUUUUUUUGAGGAAAAAUUUCCAUAUUUAAAUUAUGUGUCAGAUGUACAAAUACCCUACCCUAUCCAUCUGGAAAUCUUGAUUCAAACCCUUCGAUACUGGGUGAAAGAUGCCUCCUCCUUUCAUUUAUUAAGGCUCUUUCUUUAUGAGUAUUGUAAUUGGAAUAGUCUUAUUACUCCAAAAAAAGGGAUUUCUACUUUUUUUUCAAAAAGUAAUCCAAGAUUUUUCCUGUUGCUAUAUAAUUUUUAUGUAUGUGAAUACGAAUCCAUCUUUCUUUUUCUCCGUAACAAAUCUUCUUAUUUACGAUUAACAUCUUCUGGAGUCCUUUUUGAGCGAAUCUAUUUCUAUGCAAAAAUAGAACAUUUUGUAGAAGUCUUUGAUAAGGAUUUUCGGUCCACCCUAUCGUUCUUCAAGGACCCUUUCAUUCAUUAUGUUAGAUAUCAAGGAAAAUCCAUUCUGGCUUCAAGGAAUACGCCCUUUUUGAUGAAAAAAUGGAAGUACUAUUUUAUCCAUUUAUGGCAAUGUCAUUUUUAUGUUUGGUCUCAACCAGGAAAGAUCCAUAUAAACCAAUUAUCCGAGCAUUCAUUUUACUUUUUGGGUUAUUUUUCAAAUGUUCGGCUAAAUCCUUCAGUGGUACGGAGUCAAAUGUUGGAAAAGUCAUUUAUAAUGGAAAAUCUUAUGAAAAAGUUUGAUACAAUAAUUCCAAUUAUUCCUCUAAUUAGAUCAUUGGCUAAAGCAAAAUUUUGUAAUGUAUUAGGACAUCCCAUUAGUAAGCCGGUCUGGGCCGAUUCAUCCGAUUUUGAUAUUAUUGACCGAUUUUUGCAGAUAUGCAGAAAUCUUUCUCAUUAUUACAACGGAUCCUCAAAAAAAAAGAGUUUGUAUCGAAUCAAAUAUAUACUUCGGCUUUCUUGUAUUAAAACUUUGGCGCGUAAACACAAAAGUACUGUACGGGUUUUUUUGAAAAGAUUAGGUUCUGAAUUAUUGGAAGAAUUCUUUACAGAGGAAGAAGAUAUUUUUUCUUUGAUCUUCUCAAGAGCUUCUUCUACUUUGCAGAGGUUAUAUAGAGGUCGGAUUUGGUAUUUGGAUAUUUUUGAUUUUCAUCAAUGAUCUGGUCAAUCAUGAAUAACUGGUUAUCAUACUUUGUAAAUGGAAACUAUCUUUAAAUGAGGAAAAGAGAAAAAAAAAGAAUUCAUUCGUUUCUAUUCUAUUAUGAAAUAUGAAAUCGAUUAUGAAAUGCUCAUGUAGUAAGAGUAGGAUUUGAUAAACUAAGUACCUACCUUUUUUAGAGUCCUGUUCUAGGGAAAGAACUGAGGUUUAGAUGUAUACAUAGGGAAAGCCGUGUGCAAUGAAAAAUGCAAGCACGGCUUGGGGAGGGAUUUUUUUUGUUUUGUUGUUUAAUGUUUAAUUAGAUUAACAAAAAAAUUAUCUACUCCAUCCGACUAGUUCCGGGUUCGAGUCCCGGGCAACCCAUUAUACUUAAUAUAUCCAAGUCAUAUGUAUCAAGUCAUAUGUAUAUAAAUGUAUAGAAAUUUUUAGAUAAA